AUGCUUCGUUGCCAACACUCUAUUUUAGCGUCCUCUUCCUCACUGCUAAGAACAAGAACAAGAUCAACAAUCAAUUCAACAUUGAAUGGAUUGCUCAGCAGCACCACCGUGAUUCGUUCAUUCUCAAGUCUACGGUCCAAAUUCAUCGUUGAAAAUUCAUGGUCAAAACCAAAUAAUAUUCAUAAACAUUGGAAUUCAGUUUCCGAUGAUCAGCAAUAUUCUUCCAUCCAAAAAUUCAAUCAUUCUUACCCCAUUCAUGAAAGAACGAUGGAACACACUCAAAAGAGAAAUUACAGCAUUCACCAGCCCAGGGAAUCAAGUGAUGAUCCUGCUCAAGACUUUUUCGAUGAAAUGAGAAGACUGUAUCUUCAAGAAGAGAUGCAUCAAAAUUUCUAUGAAUUUAAUUCUCACAAAGGAAGAAGUGAACAUCGGAGAAGACUCUUGUGGAUGGCUUUGGCAUUUCCAGCUGUUUUUACUUUACUUGUCGCAUGCACUAUUGGAUUUGAUAAGAAAUUUCAUGAACAUGUACAAGGUCCCAUUAACAUUCUUGUUCAACAAGCAUUAUCUCAGUAUAUGCAAUCAAUAGAGCAAGAAAAAGCAAAAAAAGGAAAUACUCAAAAGGUAAAAGAUGUACGAGGUGUAGAAACACCACUUCUCAAGAAAGGCCCAAUUCUUAAUGAACCCAAUGACAAUGCCUUUGAUGAGAUUGAGAAGGAUGUGAGACGAUACCCAAUCUUGUAUGCAAUCAUUGCAGCGAAUGUUGCCACUCACUUUAUUUUCAAACAAUUGAGAUUGAGCCCAGCAUUUGCUAGAGUUUAUACUAGACACAUGACAUGCUCUGUGAAUAAUUUAUUGAGACGAAGAAUUCACACCCUGAUAACUUGUACCUUCGUUCAUAGUGGACUUGCUCAUCUUAGUUUCAACAUGCUAGCAUUGUAUAAUAUGGGACAUUUAUUGUAUGAGUCAUUGUCACCUGAGGCAUUUCUAGCCUUCUAUUUUGGAGCUGGUGCUUGUGCAAGUGUUGGUAGUAUUUUACUCAAACUUGUAACCAAAAAUUAUUAUCAAGCAAGUGUUGGAGCCUCUGGUGCCAUUUUUGCAGUGAUGUUUGCAGGAUUGAAUAUUAUUUCAUUGGAAAAGGCAAAAAUCAAUUUAAUUUUCUUGCCUGACAGCUUUGGAGGAUUUAAUCCACAAUAUUUCUUGCCAGCGUAUUUCAUUGGAGAAAUUUUAUUCAAUAUAUAUUCGAGACGUGUAAAAUUAGAUACUGGAGCACACUUGACAGGUGCCGCAUUCGGCUAUGCAGCACUAACAGCACUGCGCAAACAGGAACAUCAUCGCCAAAGAAGAUGCGCAGAAUUAAGCUCUAGAAAAACCUAUUAUUUUGGUCAAGUAAGGGAAAUGAGGAAGGAUGGUUUUGGUUUGUUGAUCACACCACAAUUCGCUCUCGUUGCCAACUUUAAGGAUGGCUCUGCUGUUGGAGUGGGUACAGCUUUCCAUAAGGAUCAGAAUGGACGUUGGGUAGGAAGUAAUGUUAUGCUGGAUAACGUUGGCAAGGCACAAUAG